AUGGCUGAUAUAUAUUCUGGCUCCCUUUUAAAUAUAGUGGCUGCGCAUGGACGGGACAGCCAGACUGGGUUAUUCAACACCCGGCUCGCACAGCUACAUGCAGAGUAUCCUGGGAGCGGAGUGCAAGAAACCAUACCACCGUUCGAAGAGCUCAAGAUUCUUGAUAAGACAGGGUUGGCACAUAAACUAGAGGGCAGCGGACCAUUCUUUACUCGACCUAGUUUAAGCACAACUCAUGAUAGACAUUCUCUCUUCCACGGGAAUGGGAAAUCUAUGGCACCGCUCAAUACGCGAGGAUGGGUGUACCAAGAGCGCAUUUUAUCCCCCAGAACUGUGAGCUUCUACGCGACAGAGUUAGUAUGGGAAUGUAGAAUAGAAAGAUGGUGCGAAUGCACAAAAAUAUCAGAACUUCCCCAACACAACUCAACGAGGGUGAUCACUGCAGAUGGCGCGAGGAUACGUUCGCUGCUAUAUAAGGACAAUGAACAACAGCCCAAUAAAAUUCUUGACGACUGGUAUUCGAAUAUCGAAAACUAUGCCGUUCUUCAGUUAACGAAGGAAGAAGAUCGACUGCCCGCACUCUCCGGAAUCGCAAGCCGCACUUUCGAAGCUCUGAAUCAAUUAUCAAAGUCAAUUUCAUCACAGGGAUUUGAGGAUUCGCAUGAUCCUCAAUAUGUUGCUGGAUUGUGGAAGAUUCAUAAAAUUGACGGCUCUUUAUCUUCAAGGGGAUUUCUUUGCACCAACAUGGUCAUGGGCGUCAGUCAUCAACGUGCUGAUGAUUCCUUUACUAUUGAGGAUAUCAGUUGUAUGGUGGAAGGUGUCAAUCCGUAUGGGGCAAUAUCAUCUGGUAAACUCAGAGUCCGUGGGAAGUUGAUGCUAGCCGGAGACAUCCGAGACUUUUAUACCGAAGACCAUAUCUUGAAAUUGAAUUUAGGAGAAGCAGUUUCAAAUUUUUCUACAAACCACUACUACGAGGAAGGGGAUCUAGACGUCGAUGGUUGGCAGCCAGAAUAUGGACACGGAGAGACAUACAUGUUACAGGUAUCACAUCAAAAGGAAAUCGGCUGGGAACCGCGAGGGAUAGCUCUCAUAUUGCAGCGAGUUGAAGAGCAACCCCGUUCCAUUGGCGGCGAUAUUAAGUUCAGACGGAGUGGACUCACUCAACUUCACAGCAGGCUAGAUCCAUUUGAAUCAGUCAAGGAAACCACUUCGAUAACGAUUAUAUGA